AUGGUUAGUGCUUUUCGUGACAUUAAAAUCGAGUCGUGGAACACUCAGGGGCUCGGUUGUCUGAAGAAAAGACAUGUCGUUCGUGAUGCUAUCUCGACCGCCUCCCCUUCUAUGCUUUGCAUCCAGGAGAUGAAGCUGUCCUCGGUCGAUCACCUUUGCGCUGCCUCCUUCCUCCCCUCGCGGCUGUCUGCUUUCGCCACCGUCGACGCCAUCGGCAGCAGCGGCGGCAUCCUUACUGGGUGGGAUCCGACGCUGUUUUCCCUGGUUUCCUCCCAUCCUACUCGUUUCUCUCUGACUACCACCCUCCAAUCCUCCCUCUCCAAUCUCACCUUCGCCGUCACAAACGUUUAUGCACCCGCGGAUCACUCCCUCUCCCUAUCGUUCCUGGCGGAUCUUGAGGCUCUUGGCUCGCUUUUCCCCAUCCCCUGGCUCACCGUGGGCGAUUUUAACCUCAUGCGCAACCCCAGCGACAAGAACAACGCAAAUUUCGACCAAAACCUCGCCUCCGCUUUUAACGAUUCCAUCUGCGCCCUCGCCCUUUUCGAGCUGCCUCUGUUAGAUCGGCUUUACACUUGGUCUAAUAAACGUGACGAUCCGGUCCUUGCGAGACUCGACCGUGCCUUGUUUAACCAGGCUUGGAACGUUGCCCUCCCAAACUCCUCGCUCACAUCGUUGCCUCGCCCCACGUCAGACCACGUUCCCCUGCUCGUCACCGCCUCUACCCUGAUUCCUCGCUCGCCUUGUUUUCGGUUCGAGAAUCGAUGGCUUGCUGAUCCCCUUUUCCUCCCCACCACCCUCCCUUCCUGGAACGCUCCCGCUCCGAUCGCUGAUGCUGCUGGUGACCUGACAGCUCGUCUGAAAUCCUUCCGCAAUGCGGCCAAGGUUUGGCAACGCCACCACAAAUUCAAUCCCUUGUUUGAAAAUAAUUGCAAGUUCAUCAUUGAUCUUCUCGAUCUGUUUGAGGAGGAUCGUGCUCUCUCUUUGGAGGAGGGCUCGCUUCGUGUCACCUGCAGGUCCACCCUGGAGAGGCUUGUCCUGGCUCGCGCUGCCCACUGGAAGCAGCGGGGGAAGUUCCGGGCCAUCGUCGAAGGUGACGAGAACUCCAAGUUCUUCCACGCUCGGGCUUCGCAACGCCUCCGCCGCAACUCCAUCCGCACCCUCGUUGUCGGUGGCGUCGCGGUGGCUGCUCAUGACGCCAAAGCGGCCGCCCUUUUCGCCUUCUUCAGCAACCUCCUUGGGCGGCGGCCGGCGGAGCAAUGGGAGUUCCACGUCGACGCCCUCUACUCCGGCUGCCCCCGCAUCAACGGUGAUGCGCUGAUCGGCGCCUUCUCGCUCCUGGAGGUCGAGGCGGCUCUAAACUCGCUGGACCGCGCUAGUGCUCCUGGGCCGGACGGGUUUGGGCCGGCCUUCUACCGCGCCAUCUGGGCCACGGCCCAUCCCGCGCUCCUCCGCAUGUUUGAAAAAUUCCACUCCCGCUCCGUGGAUUUGGAGCGCAUCAACCGGGCGCACAUCAUCCUCCUCCCCAAGCCGGCGGCCAUGGUCACCGCCGCCUCCUUUCGCCCGGUCUCGCUGCAAAAUUGCUCCGUCAAGACCCUGUGCAAAGCUCUGACCUUCCGGCUACAGCAGCAGAUCAGCGCUCUCAUCGACGUCGACCAAACUGGUUUCCUAUCCGGGCGGAGCAUCUCGGAGAAUUUUGUCUACGCUACGGAGUUGGUCCAGACCUGCUAUCGCCGCAAAGCUCCCACGGUCGUCCUCAAGCUUGACUUCGCCAAGGCUUUCGACUCCGUCAGCUGGUCCAGCCUUCGCACGGUCAUGCUUGCCAGAGGCUUCCCCCUGCUCUGGUGCGAUUGGCUCGACGACAUCUUCACCUCGUCGCGCUCGGCCGUGCUCCUCAAUGGCGUGCCUGGGCGGUGGAUUCGCUGCAUGCGAGGCUUGCGGCAGGGAGACCCGCUCUCGCCCUACCUCUUCCUCCUGGUCGCGGAUGUCCUCCAGCGCCUGGUCCGUCGGGAUGAUGUCCUGCUCCACCCCCUGGUCGACGGGGCGCCGUGCCCCGUGUUACAGUACGCCGACGACACCCUCCUGAUCCUGCGCGCCGACGUGGCCGCGGCUCAGCGCCUGAAGCUCCUCCUCGGCCAGUUCGAGCGUGCCACGGGGCUGGCGAUUAAUUACGACAAGAGCAUCCUUGUGCCCAUGCACGUCGAGCCUGGCGUUCUUGCCGGCAUCCAGGCGGUCCUCCAGUGCCGCAUCGAGGGAUUCCCCCAGACGUACCUCGGCCUCCCUCUGUACGCCGAGAAGCUGCGCCUCGCCUCGUUCAAUCCCCUCAUCGCCAAGGUGGACAAGUACCUGGCUGGCUGGAAAGCUCUCCUUCUGUCCGCCGGUGGGUGGCUGGUCCUUCUCAACGCUGUGCUCGACGCUCUGCCAACCUUUGCCAUGGGAGCUCUUGAGCUUCCCCCUGGCGUGCUCGCCGCUCUGGAUAGGCUGCGCCGUGCUUUCCUCUGGACGGCCACGGAUAAAGUUAAUGGCGAACAAUGCCUCGUCGCCUGGGAACGCGUCUGCCGCCCCAAGAACGAGGGUGGGCUUGGCGUCCGCUCCAUCGCCGUCCAGAAUACCUGCCUGCUCCUCAAGCUCCUUCACCGCCUCCACUGCGCGCCGGGCGAGUCCUGGCCUCGGUGGGUCUGGGAUUCUCAGGCUGGGCUUCCCCUCGAUCGCGACGACUCGUCGACGUCCCUCUCUGGAGCUCUCUGGGCGUCGUUGCGCCGCCUCCUUCCUCUCUACCGCUGCAUCUCGCGGGUCAAGGUUGGGGACGGUGUUCGUGCGGCGUUUUGGCUUGACUGGUGGCUCCCCUCCGGGACCCUCGCCACCACCAUGCCGGAGCUUUUCUCUCACUGCUCGCUGCAGUGUGCCUCUGUGCGGCAGGUGCUCGACCAUGGGCUCGACAUCAUCCUCGCCCCGCGCCUGUCCAUUGUCGCUACGGCGCAGCGCGCUGACCUUCUCAGGACCUUGUCUCCCAUCCGCCUGAGUGAUACUGCCGAUGAGCGCUCCCUCCCGCUCUGCAGCAAGGCCGACGGCAAGCUGUGCACCUCCGCCCUCUACAAGCUGUGCUCCUUUGGCGGUGUCCAAGACGAGCACCACCAGUUCAUCUGGGGCAGCUGCGCCCCCUCCCGAGUCAAGUUUUUCGGUUGGCUCGCCGUGAAAGACCGCAUCCAAUGCCGGAGCAACCUUCUCCGCAAAGGUAUCCUCGCCGCUGCAGACAGCGGAUGUCCCAUCUGCGCUGAGCCGCUCGAGACUACGAGUCACAUCCUCUUUGGUUGCCCUUUUGCGCGGCGGUUCUGGGCCUCCCUGGGUGCGUCUCCAAACGGCAGUCACCUCGCCUCCUCUGCGGCCACCUGUGCUCUCCCUUCCGCCGCUCCCCCGGGCUCCGCCUCCACCCUCCGCCUGCUGUGCCUUUGGCAGCUCUGGAAGCACAGAAAUGAUGUCGUUUUCAACGGGCUCGCGCCUUCGAUCGCCUUGCUCCGCAAACGCUGCAGGGACGAUGCGGUGUUGUGGCGCGCUCGCCUGCCGCUGGAGCACCGUCGAGACGUGGACAUGUGGCUCUCCUUCCUGUUGCACUGA